GCUGAAGUGUGGUGUGCCUCAGAUGGGCUGCCCAAGCUGACCUGUUCUGUCAAGGCUUGGAGUGAGGCCUUGUCUGAGGGAGUUGCCAGCGCAUCCUGACCUUUGGGCCCAGGCUUCUGUUAGGGGAGCCUUCAUUCCAAGACCAAAGCAGGGAGCCCAGCUGGAUGAUGGGUGGCAGGCCCCAGGCAGUGGCAGGAGCUAUGCCUUUUCUCGCAUACACUGGAAUCAGCCCCUGUGGGGACCCUCCUGGCAGCCUGGGGUUUCCUGCUGUCUCCUCCAGGGGCAGCCAGCAGUCCCUGUGGUCUCUAGGUUGCUCCCUCUCUCCUGUCCUUUCUCUUCCUCGCCUACACGCAGAACUCCACCUGGAAGGGAACUUUCUGCACCGCCUCCCCAGUGAGGUCAGCGCCCUGCAGCACCUCAAGGCCAUCGACCUGUCCCGGAACCAGUUCCACGACUUCCCUGAGCAGCUCACCACCCUGCCAGCGCUGGAGACCAUCAACCUGGAAGAGAACGAGAUCGUGGGUGAGUGGAGCCAGCCCACCAUCCCCUGCCCGUCCCUCUCUCUGCGUUUCUACAUCUGA